CCGAAAAGCCAACCCAAAGGGGACGGUACCGGUCAAGCAUCGAAGCAAUCCAGGCCGUCCAAUGCCUGAAGAGGGCCAACACCAACGGCGGAGAUUCAGUGUUUCGCGUGAUCGAGUCCAAGGUUCAGCGGCUGGUGAAAAAGGGACAUGGUGGCGGUGCUGAAGGAGCUCCAGAACCAAGGCGAAGGGACCCUGGCUUUUCAAGUGAGACCUUCUUCCAGUCUGACGAGGGAUUUGUGUUCUCAAGAUUGUCUCAGAAGGUAUUUGAAGAGGUGAGAAAGGAGCACUGGUAUAAGCCUCAAUUGUCAGUAUAUGUUGAUAUGAUAACUGUGUUGGCAAAUAAUGGUUUAAAGGAAAAAGUUGAACAAAUAUGUUCGUAUUUAAAAAAGGAGUGCCUUGAGCCUGACACCGAAGGAUUUAAUAUGCUUUUGAGAACUCUCCUGAACUUUGGCUUCAACAACACUGCAAUGGACUGCUUUCGGUUGAUGAAGCUAUGGGAAAGUGAGCCAGAUGAGUCGACAUUUAGGAUAUUAAUAAACGGGCUUGAAUCAAACGGAGAAUUGGAUCUCUUGCUUUCUGUGAAGGAUGAAGCUGAAAAAUAUUUUGAUGGCAAUUUAGAGUUUCUGGAAGAGGGGGAACAGUUGAUUCUGAAUGAAGUUUAGCUGGGAUUUUGAAUCUUAAUGCAUGUGAAAGAAGAAAAAGCUCUUGCUUUGCAUUAGCUGUCUUCUCCUGGAUGCACUAUAUGUUCUAUGCUCAAAGGUUUUUCUUUGAUGAAAGUUCCAUGCUUAAAUAUUGGAAUAUAAAAGAAAUCAAGAUACUGCUGGAGGUCCUGGUGUUUGUAGCAUAAAUUGAUUUUUACAUAAUGUGUAUAUCGAAAUUAUAUCCAUGUUAUGAAAUUAUACAGUUAGUAGGGAUAAACAGACUCGUUAGUUAUUCAAGUCUGCUGUAUGCAAUCGCAAAAUGCCAAGUAUGCUCUCUAACUGUAUUAUUUCAUGUAUAAGCGGUGAUCCGUUAUUAGUUUUCUGAUUUCCUUUGUA